UUCAAGUGGAAUGCAUACGUCGCGCCGUCGCACGUUUCGCCCGUCGACGCGGGCCGGGGGUGCCUCGCUCGCAGCCAGCGUCGAUCGGCGGUUCGAAUUUCGUUCGAAAUGGACCGACGACGCAGCGAAGACUCGAUGCCCGGUUCCAACGUUUCCAGCGGAGGUGCCGCCGCAGCGCACGUCCAAGACGACGUCGAGGUUGUGCAGGAUGACCGCAUCGGACCGCGCGCCACGUACCGCGGCCGAGGGUUCAGCCUCGUGAGCGUCGACGCGACCCGCUAUCGCUGGCGCUGCUCUGUGUCCAGCUGUACGUCGCGACUCGUGACCGACAAGUUCGACGACAACCACGUCCUGUACGGCUUCGAAGAUCACGACGAGAAGGAGCACCGUGCUGUGGAAGAGAGAGAGCGUUCGAAUAAGACAUUCCAAAGGGAGGUGGUGGAGAAGAUCGGCGAAUUCACGUACGUGUUGGAGAGGACUUUCAGAUUGUUAGACAUCAAGUGCUGGCGCUGUCAGUGUGUGGGCUGCCCCGGACGUUGCCGCACAAGCAUGGACGGUAAGACAAUUCUGCACGGGCCAACACCACACAGCGUGCCAGCCGCUUCCACCACAGGAAGAGUUGGAGCUUCUUCGGUAUUAUAUUUCCUUGUGGCCGUCACACGACGGACCUCCUUCGGGUGAACACGCGCCUGCAGCUGCAAGCCAAGGUGUCGAAAGUGGUAGCUCCGACGCAAGCGUGCAAGGAAGGCAACAACAGCAUAUGGAAAUUGCGGAUGGCAACGAAGAAAGCUGUGGCAACCGGGGACCCAGAAACACGCCAGGACAACGUUCCAGAGAAUCGAACGUGAAGACUGACUCACCUGAGAGUAUGGGCGUUGGCAGGGGGGUGCAGAAGGGGCACUCGCCUCUGCAAAGCCACACAGGCCUUUGUUCCCCUCCGAGGAAAUACCAUCGCUCCCCCCUUCACCCCCACCUCGAUGCAACACCGGUUUGCACACCCGAAAUCAAAAUUCUGCCGACGCCUAUGUGUAAGAGGGAAGGCAACGAUGUCGAUAUGCGCGAUAAUGAAAGCUCAAAGAGAGGUGGCGACGAAGAAGACAAAGUGCAGCCGCAACGUUUACGAUCGAGAGGAUGUCGUCGAAGCAACGUGGAGGGCAACGCGAGCGCCGCGGAAUUGCUGGGAAUAAUGUCUGGCCCGUGCGCGUGCGCUCAGAAAAAGCUCCGGGCGGCGAUUUACGAGCGCGUUUCCGACCUGCUCCUUCAGAAAGAAAAGUUGCUGAAGGUACAGAAGCGCAACGAAGUCCGGAGAGGCAGGCUUCUCCACAGACUCGUGAAGAAUGGACCUUCUGAGGCAAAUUUGUACAGAAAUCCGCAGAGGGGCCUCCGCUCCGCCGACUGACGCGAACAUAUACUUUCCAACCGCAACAACGUAAGAUAUAAUUCGCCAACUAUGACUUCAUUGUACAUUGUUACGCUAUCUGAAGGAACGCUGAAGUGAGGCAAUAAAUUAGAAUAGACUGAUAAAUUAUUCUUUGGGAACUCUUCUUUAACUUAGACGUAUGUUCAUUAUUACUGCAAGAAAAUGAAGGC